AAAAUAAAAAAAAAAUGAUAGGGCCUAUACAAUCAUUUUAAAAAUCCUUUUUUGUGUUCUUCAAUUGCGUUGUCAUUAGAAAAUGUAAAGCAGCCUCGGGUAAGGUUUCAAAUAGUUUAACAGAAACAAAUAGGUUAUGAAGCAAUACUUUGUUGCUUACUGGUUUAUUCAUUUGUCAAAAUAUUAACCGGUUAGUUUAGUUUUAUUUUAUACAAAAUACAGUACUUCUUUAUAUUCAAUAAAGAUAAAAUUUAAAAACAAGUUAUAUCGGUGACGCGCACAUAAAUAUAUACAUAUAUAAAUAUACAUAUACAUUCACAUGCGUAGGCAUUCAUCCGUUUUAUAUUAUUUUUAAAGUUGUUGUGACUAUUCUGCUACAUUUUUACGUCACAUCGAAUAUGUUAAAUUUGUUACACCGAAAAGUGGACAUCGAAUGGAAUGAUUCAAACAUUUUUAAACUAUUGAAUGUUUACAAAAAAGAAAUUGUAAUUCAUUUUUUUAGUAAACAUAGCCAAAUUGUGGAAAAUUUAAAUAAAAAAAGUGAAAUUUGUUUUACCCAAUUUAUAGUAUAAAGUAAUUCCCGUGAAAGUGUAAUUUCAUUAUGUAUAGAAGUUAUUUUACUACUACAUUACUACUAUUUUACUACUCCAUGUUUAUACAUGCAUGUAUGAUUAAUGAUAAUAUUGAUUUUGUCUGUGAUGCCGAUGGUUGUAAUUCAUCUAGAAUAAAGUCAGUUUAUCUUAAAUCUAUGAGUUGUUGUAAAGAUGAAGAUAUUCCCACUAAUAUUAGUUUUGAAUUAGUAAAAGAAAGAAAUGACAUUUCUAAAUAUCCAACUAAAUUACAGAUCAAUUUUAUACCACCACAAGGAAAUUGCGUGUACGGAGUAGUGUUGUCAGCAAAUGAGUCAGUUAACGAAGAACAAUGUAUGAAUUAUACUUUUGAGAAAUUUAAUGAUGCUGAAAUACAUACUAGAAUCAAUAUAGUUAUUGGUUCAAUUGCUCAAUAUCAGGGUAGCUUUAACAUAACUCUUCCAUAUAUAUUUACAGCAUGUUAUUCUAUCAAUUUCUGGUUUGGUAAUGGAAAAAUUAUAGCACACAAUGCAUUUCUAAAAACAAAUUAUAGUCGUACAGAAAUCAGUGACCCAGUGAUUGAAUGUUCAUACAGUAUUAUAUCUGAUAAUACAAUGAAUAAACUAUUAAACUUUGAAGUCAAUUUUUCUACACCAAUAGUAGAAGAUGUACUAGUAGAAUUGGGGUUGUUUGAAGAUGGGGACAGCUGUAGUUCUGAUGUGGAGGUGUCAAAUAUAUCUCAGAUGUUUCAUAUUUUGGAGCAUAAUCCAAACAAUAAGCAUCCUAACUUCACUACAACCUUAACUGUAAAUGGAAGAUAUGAAGCAAGCGGAAAAUUUCAAAGUAGAAAAAUUACACAAAAUACAAAUUACUGUUUUAAUGUACUUUAUGGUGAUAUAAGAAGUAAGAAGGGAACUCUUUGGAACCCUCCAGUAGAAAAAACUAAUUGGCAUGAACAAUGCCGAAAUAUAACUAAUUACGGCCAGUUUGAAUUUCAAUUCGGUAUUGAUUCUGAUAUACAUUCCUCUUUGCUCUUACAUAUUGUUACUAUUAUAUUAGUUGCAAUAUGUGGAAUUGUAUAUAUCAUUUAUAUUAUACAUACCUGUAAGAAAUAUGGAAGCAGAUACUAUACAAAUAUUUUUCAUAAAUGGGAUGUACAUGACGUAACAGACAACAAGAAUGAAAUGCAAUAUGAAAAUACAGGAAUCGUUUUAUUGUAUUCGAAAGGCUGUGAAUCUUUUAUGUCAUUAAUGACAGAUUUUCGUGAAGUGCUACGUAAAGUUUGUGGAUGUGUUGUACAUGAUUGGUAUGAUGGUAUAGAAUGUAAUUACGUAGCUGAAAUUGGUGGUUCUGAAUGGUUUGCUGAAAUGCUUCAUAAACAGUAUUGCAUUAUUUGGAUCGAUACACCAAGAAUGCGAUCGUUAAUUACAUCAAGAUUUAAAAGAAAUAAUUCGGAACAAUAUAAUUUUAUAGAAAUUUGUGAUUUUCGCGAUGUAGUUUUUCCUACGAUAUUUAAUUUAGCGAAACGCAAUGUCGAAGAAUCUGUGAUACAAGAGGCCAGGCAUUUUAUUGUACGACUAAAGGGAUUUGAUAAUUUUGAAGCCGAAACUGAUCCAUUCGUCGGUUUGUUUUCGCACACACGUUAUUUUAUACCUGAUGACUUAAAUUCUUUAUGCUCUGAUUUGCCAAUAUUGAAGCCAGAUAAAGUUAUAUUAUCUAUGAACCAAGAGCAAGAGCAUCUAGAACAGUAUUUACGUAAGAUUAAAUCUGAUUUGAAUAAAUAAUAAUUUUCAUCAUUCAUUGAUGUAUAUGGUCUGUUCCAUGAGACCUUGAUGUAAUUCGAUGACGAGUUUUCGAUUUUCCUGCACAUGUUAUUUGAUUUAGUUCUAUAUAUGUAUGCAUUCUGUAAUCUAUGGAAACGUGUAUACGUUUUACAAAAACGUUUAUAUAUUCUUUUAUCUCUCUUUAUGGAUCCCGAUCCAUUUUUUCCGAUUAUUUAUUAUUUUAUCUCUACUCAUGAGCCAAACCAUGCACAUUUUAGUUAUUAAAUAUUUUAUUCUUCUUCAUGGGUCAA